AUGGACUCGGACUUGGAGUUCAACAGGAAGAUACGCAUUGGACGGUCCUUGAGCGACGAGAUUCUGGCCUCCGGAUACAAGGUGUAUCUCAGAGCAGCCAAACUCUUGAGACCUUCCACGGAAACAGGACCUUUUGGCUUCAAGAAGUACGGAGAGUAUUGGUGCAAGAUGGAUGCGAUGGUGGCUGGGAAACUCAACAUCUUAGUGACAACAGCCAGCUGGAACUCUGUGUCCAUCGAGUAA